AUGACUACGAUCGCAUUCCUCGGAGCAACCGGCGGCUGCGCCAACGCCUGCCUGACCUACACGCUUCUCAACGGCUACAACGCCAGAGCCCUAGCCCGCACCCCCUCCAAACUCACAACAAUGCUCCUCUCACAGCAUGGUAUAACAGAAGAGAUUCUCUCUCGCCAACUCGAAAUAAUCAAAGGCGACUCAACAGACGUGGAAAGCAUCACAAAAACCCUCAUUACCAACUCCGACCCAAACAGCGCACCUAAUGAGACCUGUACGCUCGUAACAAGCAUAGUUUCCGGCAUAGGCGGCACACCGACAAUUUCAUUUUCCAAGGAAACAAAAUGUGCAAAUACUCAGAUACGCAUACCCGCGCUGCCGCACAUUGAGCUCUCAAACCCUCACAUCACAGAAGAGACAACACGCGCGCUGCUGGCGGCGCUGGCACAGAUUGCUUCCGAGAGGUUUACCUCCCCUGAGGCGUAUCGUGCUGUUGCGCCCAUGGUCACUGUGAUCUCGACUACGGGACAUGUAGGUAAUAACGAUGUGCCUUUCUGGUUCAGACCUAUGUAUUCUAUGCUCUUGCCGAUCCCGCAUGCGGAUAAGCGGCAGAUGGAGCAAUUGCUUGAUGAGGAUGUUAAGAUGGGGGAUGCUGGGGUGCUUGCAGCUGGGGUUGUUGUUGUAAGGCCUAGUUUUUUGACGGGGGAUCAUCGGGUUCCUGCUAGGGAGAAAGGGGGAAAGGGAGGGGGACUGGAGAAAGUGAGGGCUGGGACGGAGAGGGCUCCUGCUAUUGGGUAUACUAUCUCACGGGCUUUGGUUGGUGAAUGGAUUUUUGAGGAGGUUGUUAAGGGUCGAGGGAAAUGGGUUGGGGAGAAGGUUACUAUCACUACUUGA